GGCCGUGGUGACGUUCAUGUACUAUGGCUUGUCGCUGAACUCGAGCAACAUCGGAGGCAACAUCUUCGUCAACUUCAUACUCACGAUGCUUAUAGAAAUUCCCUCGUAUUUCUUCGCUUGGUGGGCGCUCGACAGAAUGGGGCGCAAGGGGACCCUGAUGUUUACCUUCCUCCUUGGAGGCACCUCAUGCGUCAUCGCGGGGCUCUUACCUAAAGACCAGCACGUCGUCAUCAUGACGAUGA